UCCUCAAUGAAAUUUGUCCCUCCGUAUUAUCCGUUCGGAAUCUGUCCAAUCAACGCCCGCUGGUGUACCAGCAGUAAAAAUGGAGAGUGACACUACAAUAAGGAGAAUAAAACCCUACGGUACUCAAAAUAAUGUUUUUAAGCGAGAUAAGGAUGCCCUGGAACAGUGUGGAACCAACGGUUGUGGUGAAACGAAAAAGAAGCCUGAAGUCAGUUUGUACUUGCUGAACGAAGGAAUCGGAGCAUGUUUUGUUGCUGUAUUCCUUCUUUUGCUGUGGGUACUGGUUCAUCUGUCCCUGCAGCAGCUAGUGAUAGGGAAAUCCACCGGCGAGUUCAAUGCGAUAAGGGCAAGAAAGCAUCUAGAGAAGAUCACCAGUGUUGGUCCCAGGCCUGUGGGAAGUGUGGAGAAUGAGGUGCUGACAGUGAACUACCUGCUGGAACAGAUCGAGCACAUCAGAGCGGAGGCUGCCACCGGCCCGCACUCCAUCUCUGUGGAUGUGCAGCGGCCAACUGGCUCCUUCAGCAUUGACUUCCUGGGCGGCUUCACCAGCUACUAUGACAAGGUCACCAACAUUGCUGUCAAGCUGGAGCCCAAGGCUGGGGCCAAACAUCUCAUGCUGGCUAACUGUCACUUUGACACCGUGGCUAACAGCCCAGGUGCGAGCGACGAUGCGGUCAGCUGCGCCGUCAUGCUGGAGGUGCUGCACUCCCUCGCCAACCUGUCCACGCCCCUGCGUCAUGGCGUCCUCUUCCUCUUUAACGGCGCGGAGGAGAACGUCCUACAGGCGAGUCACGGGUUCAUCACGCAGCACCCUUGGGCAUCACAAGUCCGAGCCUUCAUCAACCUGGAGGCCGCAGGCGUUGGGGGCAAAGAGGUGGUGUUCCAGACAGGACCUGAAAACCCCUGGUUAGUUCAGGCCUAUGUGCAUGCAGCCAAACACCCCUUCGCCUCUGUGGUUGGCCAGGAGGUCUUCCAGAGUGGAGUGAUACCAUCAGACACAGAUUUCAGAAUCUACAGGGACUUUGGGAAUAUCCCAGGUAUCGAUUUGGCCUUCAUUGAAAAUGGAUUCAUUUACCACACAAAGUACGAUACGCCGGAUAGAAUCCUCACCGAUUCGAUUCAGCGAGCUGGUGACAAUAUCCUGGCUGUCCUGAAGCACCUUGUCAUGUCAGAAAAGCUGGCUGAUUCCUCGGAGUAUCGCCAUGGCAACAUGGUGUUUUUCGACCUGCUGGGUGUCUUUGUGGUGGCCUACCCAGCUCGUGUCGGCACCAUCAUCAACUGCAUGGCAGCCAUGGCAACCUUUUUCUUCCUGGGAAAGAAAUGCACUCUGCCUAGCAAUGGGGGGGGCCGGUAUGUGCGUGAGCUGGCUUGUGCCGCUGGAGUGGUGAUCAUAAGCUGGAUCGUCACCCUGCUGUCUGUUCUCAUUGUGGCUGUGCUGGUCUCCCUCCUGGGCCAGUCCAUGUUCUGGUACAACCACUUCUACAUGUCCAUCUGCCUCUAUGGUGCGGCUUCCACCGGCAAGAUGGUCCUCAUCCACACACUGGCUAAGAAUCUCUACUAUGGGAGCGUGCGGAGGCUGGAGCUGGGCGAUCUCUUCUUUGACGUGAGCCUCCUGCUGUGGUGCUGUGCCCUGGUCUACCUCACCCAGCUGGGCCUGUGUUCGGCCUACGUCCCCAUGCUGAUGGUGGCCUUCCCACUGGCCACCAAGCUUCUCCUGACCCCCACGUUCAAGCAGAGAGGUGCGACUGUGACAUACUCUGCCCUGUACCUGCUGGGCCUGGCGCUGCCCUACGUCCACUUCAUGUUCCUCAUCUGGGUGGUGUUUGAGAUCUUCACGCCCAUUCUGGGGCGCAGUGGCACUGAGAUCCCCCCAGACCUGGUGCUGGCCUCCCUCGUCACCCUGGGCACCAUCUUCCUCUCUUCUUUCUUUCUCCACUUUAUCUACUUGGCCAAGAGCACUAAGUGGAUUUUGACAGGCCUUGGCACGCUCUUUGCUGUGGCCUUCAUACUGGUCUCCUGUGGCCUGUUCUUCCCCUAUACGGCCGACCCAGCCAGCCCGCGACCUAAGCGGGUUUUUCUGCAGCACACCACACGCACGUUCCAUGGCCUGGAUGGGGAGGUGGAAAGGAGGGACUCUGGCCUGUGGAUCAAUAGCUUUGACUACACUGGAAUGCGCUACAUCACUCCGCACGUUCCGGAAAUCAACGAGACGAUCCGGACCAAAUGCCAGGAGGACCUCCCCUUCUGCGGUUUCCCCUGGUUCCUGCCCGUAAAGUUCCUGGUCAAGAAAAACUGGUACCUUCCUGUCCCUGAGGUGACCCCAAAGUCACCUAUAGAAUUCAAACUACUUUCAAAACAAGAGACUGACUGGGGCACGACAAAGCUGACCUUUGAAGUGAAAGGGCCUAGCCACAUGUCGCUCUACCUCAUGCCUCACCCCGGAGCUGUCCUCUCCAGCUGGUCCUUUGGGGACGGGACACCAAAGUUCGACCUCAGCGGGGAGUACUUCAUAUUCUACUCCCAUGGCCUUGAAUCUCCUGCAUGGAAUUUCUGGUUUGAAAUUCAGCCUCCUAAAACUCCAGACCCUUCGGGGCCCGAGGGGAUGAUCUCGGUGGCCAUCGCGUCCCACUACUUUUUUGGAGAGGAUCAGAAGACCCCUCAGUUGAAUGAGAUGCUGCAGAGGUUCCCUGAGUGGGCCUUCCCCUCAUCCUGGGUCAGCACCUACCACAUGUACCGAUACUGAGGGGCCACAACAGCCCCGUCCUCCUCUUCCUCCACCCUGCACUCACAUGCAGACGUUUGGUGUGCCGGCUCACCUCAAGAGACCCCCUCUGUCACUGUGUCAAUAAGCUAGCAACAAUGGAGCCACUUCAAAGCCAAGCCAGAACCAAGCCACGUUAUUUAUGGCUGACCUUCUGACAGUGUCACGUUCAACCUGCUUUGCGUUCUUUUUUUUAAAUCCCCUCCUCUCGGUGAUUACGUAUGGGGUGCUGUUGCAUGUCUAUCUUUGUUAAUCUCAAAGUCAAUGUUCGCUAGGUUCAAGAGUAGUCAUUUACUGUAUUCUUUUUUUUUUUGCAGCAAGGCCAAGGUUAAUAGCUUGCACAGGAGAGGUGGUACAUUAAUACUGUUCCUAAGCUUCUGCAGCCUUUCCUGGGUUUUACUCAGUGUCCAUUCCUCCAGAUAGCAGGACUAAAGUGCUUUAUUUGCAGCAAUAGGCCUGAGCACGAUGCCUGAACAGUUCUCGCUACAUCGCAAUGAUCUUUUCUUGUUUCUUUAACAAAUUUAUAAUGAUGGUUUUCAUGGAAAAAAAGAAAUGCAAUCCAUUUUUAAUUUUUAUUAUCUUUUUUUAUUGAAUGUGGUUUGUAAAUAUUGAACUCUGAAUACUAUGAAGUUAUAACAAGACAGUAGCCGGAGGCUGGUUUUUUUUUUGUCAAGCAUAAAAUAGUAUGGUUGGGCAGAGGGGGCAUUAUGGGUUAGGUUUGCUUUGGUGCUUGUCUGCAAAGUAUGUUGAAGACUACUGUAAUUAAGGAACUGGUUAUAAUUUGAAUUGUGUAUAGGUUUUAUAUGGUUUUAUAUCCGGUAUGUACAUCCAUUUUUGAGUAUUCCACACCACCUCUUGUAAGCCUUGAAUGCUACAUCACUCCUCCACCUGAUGUAACGCAGUCUAACUAACAGCUUCAGCUUUCUGUCAGAAUUCAGAUAGAAUAUGUCAGUUUUCUCAUAGAUGGCGUUGCGAUAAAUUAAACACGAGAGAAUCAUGUAGAAAUGCAUGUCUUCUGAGUGGUUGAUGCAUGAUGAUGAUGAUGAUUUCACUGAAAAGUAAGCCUUGGUCUUUCUUCAAGUCAUUUUACUUGAAAUAUUUUUUCACUUACUGUUUCAUUGUAGGUUUGCUUUAGCCCAAAAUAGUAACAUUUACCAUAUGAUACAAUAUGCAGUCAUUUCAGUCUGCAUCUAAGAUGUUAAAAUUAAUUCGCUGAUCAGGAAAUAAGUUCACAUAAAAUGUAUUCCAGCAAACAUGGACCAGAAAAAAUGGUUUCAUAAUUUUUAUAGUAAUUUAAAUAAAUGGAACACAAAAUGUUUAAAAAAAAAAAAUGCCAAUUAAUUUUUUUGAAAUUAGUUCUAGAAUUAGAACUUUGCGUAGAAUCAUCUGCUGUGAUUGGUCUGGUCAAUGCGUGCAAUGAUUUCUGCUUGGUCAACAAUAUUGUGCUUAUUUUUCUUAUGACAACAUGGAAUGUUCAUUGAAUUUGGAUUAUUUUAGAUGGGUCUUUUGAACCAUGCAAAUGGAAAAACAAAAAUUGGGUGGGAAAUCUUUAGGUUGGGUCAAUGAGCAAAGUGGGGGGGGGGGGGUAGGU